ACCCUAAACUAAAACCUGACUGCAGUAUGCCCUAUUGCCCCUUUCUCACGCUCUGAGACUCAGUCCCUCUGGGUUCUAUCCCUCAUCCUGACUUCCUCUCUUUCAGUCCUUCUGGCCACCACUAACCUCGCCAGUAUCCACCACCUCUCUCGGCCUCCAGUCCGUCUCUGUUCUUUCUGCCUCCAAUUGAUUCCCUCUAUCGAUCACCUCUGUCGAUUGCCAGUAGUUCAAGUUAAAAUCUUCUCAUUGAUGCAGGCAGUCUCCACAGUCCAUACUGUUCACAGCAUCUACCUUACACCGCUGCAUGACUGGAAAAUUGAUAAGCUCCAUUAGCAAUGUGAUGGAAUUGAAUUUAUUCCAAUAUCUUUGAGGUAGAGGUUGAAGUGCUGAAUCCCAUUCGUUUCUUAUAGUUCUGCACUUGAUAAAUUGAGAUCCAUGCUUGUUGCUUUCCUUCCUUGGGAAGGAGGUAGAAGAACAUUUUAUAGUAGAGGGCUAGGCUUCCCGGUUCUAUGUGGCGUAUUGCUUCAAAUUUUCUUUGGAGAACAUCAUCAUCUAAAACACCUUCACUCUCCCAUUCCCCUCUCAAAAACCUUCCUUUCCUGACCCAUCAGUUUUCUAAAAUCACUUCCAUAAAACACCAAAAGCAGCAGCAACUUCAGUUGCUUGUUCUUUUGCACCACAUUUCAAAUUUGGCCUCCAAGCCUAGCUUGUCUAUAUGGAGGCGGAAGAAAGAGAUGGGAAAAGAAGGGUUAAUUGUGGCCAAGGAGCUCAAGCGACUCCAAUCAGACCCUCUCCGGCUUGAUCGAUUCAUGAAAUCCCAUGUUUCUCGCUUGCUCAAGUCUGAUCUUGUCGCUGUUCUUGCUGAGUUUCAGAGGCAAGACCAGGUUUUUCUUUGCAUGAAGUUAUAUAAUGUAGUGCGUAAAGAAAUAUGGUAUCGGCCAGAUAUGUUCUUCUACAGGGACAUGCUUAUGAUGCUUGCAAGAAACAGGAAGGUUGAUGAAGUGAAGCUGGUUUGGCAAGAUUUGAAGAGAGAGGGAGUUUUAUUUGACCAGCAUACCUUUGGUGACAUCAUUAGAGCAUUCUUAGACAGUGGACUACCGUCAGAAGCAAUGGACAUAUAUGAGGAGAUGAGACAAUCGCCUGAUCUUCCUUUAUCCUUGCCUUUUCGGGUGAUCUUAAAGGGGCUCCUUCCAUACCCAGAUUUAAGAGAGAAGGUGAAAGAUGACUUCUUAGAACUUUUCCCAAAUAUGAUUGUUUAUGACCCAGCUGAAGACUUGUUUGAAGAUCAAGAUAGGGGAAGUGAAGAUGAUUAGAAGGUGGUACAGGUGCAUCCAUCAUAUCUAUUUCUCAACCAAUGAUGCUUGGUCUUGCAGAAUCCUGCCAUUGGCAGUGCUAGUAGGGGAAGUGAAGUGGAGAUGAUUAGAAGGUGGUAGAGGUGCAUGCAGCAUAUCUAUUUCUCCACCAAUGAUGCUUGGUCUUGCAGAAACCUACCGUUGGCAGUGCUAGUAGGAAUAGAUGGCUUCCUACAUAUGGUUGAAGCUUGUACUCCUUCAUGGUGUCAUUGAACUUACUCAAGGGUGUCUCACUCUCGAGUCUUGUAGCGUCGUGUGCAAUGUGCGUUUUACCCUUUCUGAUGCUCCUUAGGCAAGACAUGGUAUCUAAAAUUAAGUUUUUAUUUUCAAUUUAUGAAGCAGUGGAGUGCUGAACCAAAAAUACGUGGUAUUUAAUGAAGCUUUAAGAUUUGUAUAA